AUGAAUUCAAUCAACUACAUACUUGAACCGAGUGUAGUAAAUCAUUCAAUAUAUGGUCAUUUCACCUCUUUGGAUUAUAAAGAAUUGUGCACAGUACAAACUAAUGUAUUAAAGUUUUAUAAGAUCAACCAUUCAGAAAGUGAUGCUAAAUCUCCAAUCUUAACAUUUACAAAUGAAUUUCCAUUAGUGACGCCUAAGAUUACACAAAUUUGUAAAAUAUUAACAGAUCGGAACAUGGAAAACAGUAGUAACAGCAAGCUAGACAAAAUAAUUUUGGUUACUAAUGAUAAAAUUUCAAUUGUAGAAUAUGAUAUAUAUGAACAAACAUUGAUCACUAAAAGCUUGCAUUAUUAUGUGGAGAAAUUUGCCACCAAUUCCAUAGAUAUUAAUACUUCUAGAUUAAGAUUUAAUUCAUCAAACCAAUCUUUGAUAUUAUUCAAGUCUGAUUGCUUGGCCAAGUUGGAUAUCUUUAGUGAUGUCGUAGAGAUAAAAGUAAACUCUGCUGAUGAGAACAACGAAGUAGAAGAGGAUGAAAUAAUGUAUGAUGAUGAUAUUGGAAACUCCAGGUCUUUGAAAAGACGAAAAUUUGCUCCAAGAAGUUUAUUUUUUAAAACCACUAGUAUUUUACCAGAUUUACAAAAUAUAGUUGAUCUCCAAUUUUCCAAACUUAAGAGUUUAAUUUAUAUAUUAUAUGUUCCAAAAUAUUUUUCAUGGGCAGGUGCUCCUAAGCAAAAUACUAUGAAAUUUAUUUGCCUAUCGACUAAUGAUAGCAAUAGUAGUAGUGGUAACAACAAUACUGAAGACGGCGUAAACAAUGGCAAAGUAUCUUCCCUACUCUCUUCUAUGAAUGCCACAUUAACAUCGCCAUCAUCAACCACUGUUAUUGGAGAAUUAACCUCUUUACCCAAUGAUAUUCAUACAAUUAUACCAUAUAAAAAGGGGUCUUUUUUACUGGGAGUCAAUCAUAUUUUGUACAUAGAUGAAAACUUCACUUUGCAAGUAUGUAUAAGGUUUAAUGAAUAUUCAGAGAAAAAUUUGAAAAGUUGCAAAAGGUAUAUAGAUUACUCCUACUUAAAACUAGAAUUACAGUACCCUACGGCCUGGUGCUGGUUGAAUGAUACUGUGUUGGUUUUUAACUCUUUUUCAUUUAUUUUGAAAUUUGAAGGUAGAUUAUUAAUUAAUGCUACAGUACAGAAAUUAAUUAAGAAUGAAAACAUUUAUAAAGAGAAUAUUCUGUCUAUCACUAAGUGCGAAGAUUAUUUAUUUUUUUCAUAUCAAAAUGGCAGCUGUUCUAUGAUAGAAAUCACUUCAAGACAACAACAACAACAACAACAACAACAACGGGAAGAAGAGGCCAGUUCAAAUGGUGGAAACAACGGAGACAAUGAUGCAACCAUUAAAAACACUGCUGUUGAUGAUGAUGAAGAUUAUGGUGAUUUAUUGUCUGAAGAUGAAGAUGAAUAUGAAAAAGCUAAUAAUAUGCUAUUUGAUGAAGAAGAAGAUUUGUAUGGUAACAACAGGGACAAUACAACUAGCUUUAUUAUUAAUUUUUAUGACAACAUUUUACCUAAUUUGGGGCCGAUAUCUUCGUUGACGUUUGGCAAGACAACUUCUCUACAACGUAAGCUAAAGGGAUUAGUCAAUCCAAACAAAAACGAACAGUCUAUAUUAGCUGUUGGUGGCUCUAACGGUAGUAUUAUUGAAAUCCAACCAAGCGUCCAGCCAAUUGUGGAGAAAGCCUUCAAGUUUACAGAUGUUACAAGAAUUUGGAACGUUAAAGAUAAAUAUCUAAUUACAACGGAUUCAAAUAAAAUUAAAAGCGAUAUUUUUCUUAUUGAAAAGAACUAUGCCCCUUUUAGAGCAGUCGACUUUAAAAAGUACUCUAUAACUUUGGACAUGGCAUGUAUUGAAUCCAGAAUAGUACAGCUAACAAAUAAGGGUAUUUUUAUUUUUGAUGACAAUUUCAAAAGACUAUUCACAUUGUUUUUUGAAGCUGAGGUUGUUCACGUUUCUGUGGAGGAUUUAUACAUUUUAACAACCAACGUCAAGGGUGAAAUUGAGAUUUAUGAAUUUGAAAACGAUAAAUUAAAUACUAUUCAGCUACCGGAACAAUUGAAUGAAUUAAUUUUAACAACAGGUGAAAUACUAAAGACAAACAUGUGUAAUGAGUUUAUUGCUGCAGAAAGUGAGGAAGAUCAAUUGCUAUUUACCUUUGUUACCGCUGAUAAUCAAAUAAUUUUUUUCUCAAAGAAUCAUAAUGGUAAAAUAUAUCAAUUGUGUGGUGUUGAUACCUUAAGUUCAAAAUUAUUUAUUAGCACUUAUCAAUUCCCAGAGGAAAUAGUGCCAGAUCCCUUCAUUAAACAGGUCAUGGUAAAUAAAUUGGGCAACAACAAUAUCUAUAAUAACGAUGUGUAUCUAACCAUUUUGACCUUUGGUGGUGAAAUUUAUCAGUACAGGAAAGAUUUGAAAACACCUUCCAAAUUUUAUAAAUGCACCCAAUCGUCGCUUACUGGUGGACCUGCCAAUGUUUACCCAGAAGGCAUGAACGGUAUUGAACGUGUUUUAUAUUACAUUCCCAACUACACUGGGUAUUCGGUUAUUUUUGUAUCUGGAUUGAGACCGUAUAUUAUAAUUAAAGAACACAAUGCUUCUCCCAAAAUCUAUCAGUUUGCGAACAUUCCCUUAAUGUCUUUAACAAGUUGGAAAUCGAAUACUAUUAUGUGUGUUGAUGAUGUUAGAUGUGCACGUAUCCUAAAAUUAGAUUUGCUUGGCGUUUAUUAUGGCUAUAAAUUACCAGUAAAAGUGAAUACUUUUGCUUCACACCAUAACUUUAAUAAUAUAACUUAUUUUGAUAGUUUGGGCAAAAUUAUAGUUUCAUAUUUUACAGAGGUUGAUUAUAUACCGAAAAAUGCAAUUGGUGAAACGUUAAUCACUGCACCAGGGAAGAAUUUGCUUUCUAAAACAUACACUGGUGGUCUUUUAGUGGUAGAUCCUAUUAGUAUGAACAUUUUGGACACUAAGGAUUGUGAUCACAUGAUUACUUCAUUGGAAACCAUGUAUAUUAAGAUUUCAUCGUCUUUCACGACAAAAGAGUACAUUGUUGUUCUCCAAAGUUUUUUGCGGGACGAGGAUAUUAUGGGUCUAGGGUACUUACAAGUUUAUGAUUUCGUUGACAACAAACUACAAUUAUUGUACUCAGAUGAGGAAGUUCGCGGUGUCAUAAAUUCCAGUUGUGAAGUUGAUGGUAGGAUAUUAUUAAACCAAAGUUCUAAGAUGUUUGUGAGGAAUGUUUCCAAGAAUUUAAUUACUAAGAAAAUGUUAAUGGAACCGGUUGCUUUCUUGGAUUCCCAAUCCACAGUUGUUGAUGCAAAAUCAUUUGGUAAUUAUGUUUUGUUAUCUGAUGUUCAAAAUGGGAUUCAACUAUAUGCUUUUGAAUCUGAACCAUAUAGAUUUAUUCCUUUGGGCAGAUCAUACAUUAAAAAUUUGAAUCCGAUAACAUGUGACAUUUUACCGAACACGGGCGAUUUUUUUACGAUAUGUUCCACCAAAGAUGGAAAUUUGCAUUGCUUUAAAUAUGGACCAGAUGACCCAAGCUCGUUUUCGGGAACCAAAUUGGUUUAUUUGUCAAAAUUCAGUAUUGGGACUACUACUACUUGUAUGCGUACCAUACCUAAGGGUAACACGUUUGGAGACGAACAGGAAUACAUGACACUUUGUGGAUGCACUGAUGGGUCAAUCUAUAAUGUGGUGCCUUUGCAAGAAUCAUCUUACCGAAGACUGUAUGUAAUUCAGCAACAAAUUAUUGACAAAAUGGUACAGUUUGGUGGAUUGAAUCACAAAUUUGAAAGGUUUUAUAGUAAUCAAGUUAAUGAUAAAAGGCCAUUUAUUGAUUUGGAUUUAAUAAAGAGAAAUUUUACUAAUCAAUCUAUUGAUUCAAGAGACAAAAUUUCUAUUAGGCUAGGUAGGAGUGCAAGUGUUGAAGUAUGGAGAGAUAUUUUAGAAGUUGAAUUUUCUACACGUAUAAUGAAUUGA